AUGAGAGCAAAGGAGGGAGGAGGAGUUGGUCGGCAUGGUGCGCGGCCGCCUCCCUUCCCCGCUCUUCAGGCCGGACUGUGGACACCCCAUCGCGAUCGUUCGAGGGCUACCUUCUCGCUCCUCUACACACGAUCAUUUGUUGGUGUUAUCGCAUCUCCACCGUCUUUCUACGUCGGACAACUUACACCGCAGUUCACUGACCAGCAUCCCGCUUCCGUCAUCUUGUCGCCCUACCACCUCCGACUUCAUCAGACCGCUCUCGCCGUUCCGCUCCUUUUAGAAGACAUGCGCCCCGCUAGCGCCCGUCGGCCACGUAUCUUUGCAACCAAAGUCUUCCGCCAUAGGAGCGUCAGGUCCUACGACAUCCUUCUGGCAUCACACAUGUCGAAGACGUCAUCUGGUCUAGGCGGGGCUCGCCAUGCCGAAUUCCUGCUCGGGUCCCUCACGCGCACCGGUGUUCGGCCGCUGCCUCCGCCUGAUGAUCAUUCCAAUUCGAUCGUGGCCAAAGCUGGCUGGCUCGCAAGCGAGGAUAGACAUUGCAAAUCAGGGCAAACACGCGACUUUCUUGCUGCCAGUGUUGCUCCAUCGAGCAGCCUCCUCGCCAACUCCAUAAACCCUUUCGCCAUUCUUGGUGACGACGGCGAGGACGUCGCCGCCCCCAAGGCUGCCCCCAAGGCCGCCGCCCCCGCUGCUGCUGCCCAGCCCCAGCGCAACAUCCCCGGUGCCGGCAACCAGCGCCGUGGCCCCGCCAAGAACAGCGCUCCCCGCGCUCCCGCCGCUGACGCCGCCGAGGGCGAGCAGCAGAAGGACGCCCGUAGCGGCCGUGCCCGCAACGGCGAGAGCCGUGGCCGUGGUGGCCGCGGCGGCCGCGGCCGUGGCGCGCCCCGAGGCCGUGCCUUCGACCGUCACUCGCAGACCGACCGUGUCGACUCGCAGAAGCAGGUCGCCCAGGGCUGGGGUGGUGAGGAUGGCGAGAAGGAGCUCGACGCCGAGCAGAAGGCCGAGGCCGACGCCAAGGCUGAGGGCGCCUACUCUGCUGCCGCUGCUCCCGCCGCCGAGGCCGAGAAGGUGCCCGAGGAGGAGGAGGACAAGACCAUGACCCUCGACCAGUACCUCGCUGCCCAGGCCGGCAAGAAGCUCAACAUCGAGUCCAAGGCUCCCCGUGAGGUCGCCAGCGACGAGUCUGCCUGGUCCAAGCUGACCAAGCACCAGAAGGAGGAGGCCGACUACUUCGCCUCGACCAAGACGCAGAAGGCCAAGACCCGCACCCAGAAGGAGGGCAAGCAGGUGCUCGAGAUCGAGCAGACCUUCAACCAGCCCGCCGUCCAGCGCGGUGGCCGUGGUGGUGCCCGUGGCGGCAGCCGCGGCGCCCCCCGUGGCGAGCGUGGUGCUCCCCGUGGCCGUGGCGGCCGUGGUGGCCGUGGCAACAGCGCCUCGGUCAACCUGGCUGACAAGAACGCCUUCCCCUCGCUCGCCUAA